GAUAAUUUAAGUAGCAAGGGAAGGUGAAAAUUCUCAUAAAAAAUAUAAAAUGAAAAAUUUUAAAUGUAAAAGGAUAAUGAGAGUGCAGGUGGCAGAUUUUCAUCCAGAAAGGCAGAGAAAAAGGAGAUAAGGGAAGGAGGAGAGCAGAGCAAGACUGACCGUUUGACCAAAAUCCAACACCACCAGGAACAGAGAGAGAGGGAGAGAGAAGGAGGCAGAAGAAGGAAGAGUUGGAAAUGGAAACCAUGGCUCUUUAGCUUGUUGAAAGGAAUUCACAUGAAGCUCAUGCCUUCCACCACUUCAAAAACCUUUCUCCUUUAAAACUUUCAGUAAGACAUUCAUUCAAACACCACAUGCUCAACAAUUUACUACCAAUCUUCAAAACCAUGUGCUUUACUUUGAAUCUACCCUGAAAAACCUGAUAUUUGCUCUGUUUCUCGUCCAAAUGGAAAAAGAAGAAAAAACAAUUUCUUCCCUCUUUUUAUUUGCGGGAAUUCUGCUGAAAUUGCGGAAAAUUUUGGGAUAAAUUCCAAAACCCCACCAUCGUCAGCAUCAUAUAUAAAAGUACAAACAGAAAAAUAGUUAUUAUUACUGUAGCUUUCCGGAGGUUAGCGUGUCAGGGUCUCUUUCUCAGAAAAAAUGGGCAUCUUUUUCUCUCCCUUUCUCGCAAAGCAACAAAUUACAGAAAGUUGAUGAACUGUUUAUUUUUCCCUCUUCUGCGACGCCCAUUUCGUUUUUAAGCACCCAAGGUCACUUUCGGUUUCAAAAUAUUUAUUUUUAAGCUCAAUCAGUUCAUUUUGUUAAGUUUCUGAGAGAAACCUAGCGAAAAAAGGUAUAUAGACAAUGCUAUCUAGAAUGAACAGUAUGGUUUGGAUGGAAGAUAGAGAGGACGAGAACUCUACUCCCUGGACUAGGAAUACUGCCGGCGCCGGCACCGGCGAAGGCACCGGCGCUGCCAACAACAACAACGAUGAUGGAGUACAGAACAAGGACGAGAUGGGUUCUCUCUCUUCGUUCAAAUCCAUGCUUGAGGCUGAAGACGAUUGGUAUGUUACUGGUAAUGGACUUCAAAAUCAUUCCGCUGCUAUGAGAGAUAUUUCAUUCUCACAGAGCCUCGCCGACCCAGAAAACCUAUUGCUUCACCAAGUGGAUUCGUCAUCUUCUUGCUCACCAUCUUCGUCUUUGUUCAACAAUCUCGACCCAUCUCAGGUACAGUACUUUUUGCCUCCAAAACCCACCUUGUCGUCGCUCCUUAAUGUCGUCUCUAACAACCCUUUGGAGCAUGGCUUUGAUUGGGGUGAAAUUGGGUUUCUUGACAACCAAGUUCCCAAUGCUUCCAGCAUGUUGAAUAGGGGAGGUAUGGUUUUGAAUGGGUUUACAGAUUUGAGCUCAAAUAACCAGAUGAGCACUCAUAAUCUGUGCUCAGAUCCUCAAAUUUCGACAACCGGUGUGCCGCGAUUGGCCGAAAACGAUGCCGGUUUGUCGGGUUUUCGGGGUUUUGAUGACACCGAAAAUGCUCAGUUUCUAAAUAGGUCUAAGUUGUUGAGACCCCUUGAAUACUUCCCUUCUAUGGGAGCACAGCCAAAUUUGUUUCAGAAAAGAGCAGCUCUUAGGAAAAAUUUGGCUGACAAUGGCGAGAAUUUGGGUGGUGUUUCGGGUUCAGAAAGUGGUCUUCUUUCAAAUGGGAUUGAAGGUGAUAGCGGAAAGAGAGAAAUGGGUGAAGAGAAUGAGAAAAAGAGGAAAAUGAGUGGUGCGGAUGAUUUAGAAGAUGGUAGUAUUGAUGGAUCAGGUUUGAAUUAUGAGUCUGAUGAGUUUACAGAGAAUAAUACUAAGUUGGAGGAUAAUGGCAAUGGUGGGAGCAGCUCCAAUGCAAACAGUGCUGUUACUGUUGGAGACCAGAAGGGGAAGAAGAAAGGGUUGCCUGCUAAGAAUUUGAUGGCCGAAAGGCGCCGCCGGAAGAAACUCAAUGAUAGGCUUUACAUGCUGAGGUCUGUUGUUCCUAAAAUCAGCAAGAUGGAUAGGGCUUCUAUCCUCGGGGAUGCAAUUGAGUACUUGAAGGAACUUUUGCAAAGGAUAAAUGACCUUCACAACGAAUUGGAAUCAACACCUCCUGGGUCUUCACUGACACCUAGCACAAGCUUCCACCCGUUGACGCCGACUCCUCCUACCCUUCCCAGCCGUAUCAAGGAAGAACUUUGUCCCAGUUCAUUGUCUAGCCCAAAUGGCCAAUCUGCAAGGGUUGAAGUUAGAGUACGAGAAGAAAGAACCAUAAAUAUCCAUAUGUUUUGUGGCCGGCGACCUGGUCUCCUGCUUUCCAGCAUGAUGGCUUUGGAUAACCUUGGUUUGGACAUUCAGCAAGCUGUCAUUAGCUGUUUCAAUGGUUUUGCUAUGGAUAUCUUUCAUGCUGAGCAAUGCAAGGAAAGCCAGGAUAUCAACCCUGACCACAUCAAAGCUGUACUUUUGGAUUCAGCUGGGUUUCAUGGCAUGAUUUAGGUUACAGCAAAAACAUCCACCUGAUGUUGAUUCAGCAAUGCAGAAGAUCAUGCAACUUUGCUCUUUUUUUUUUUUUUUUGGGUUCCCCUUUAGCUCUAACUAUGGUACCAUAAAAUUUUUAGGUUUAAGCCGUUUAUGAAAUUUGUAGGUUCAGUUUUCAAUUUAGUAUGUGUCAAACAGUAAUUCUCUGCUUUUCUCAGCUUUGGAAUGAAAUGUCAAUACCCAGUUUUAACGAAA